AUGGAACACUCUUCACCAAUGAUUGGAGGACCAUUCCAAGAGGGACCCAUCGAUCCUGCCACAGGAACUACCCUCUCUUUGGAAAAGCUUCAAUCCUUGUUGGAUUUAUAUUAUUCUGGAACUUUGUACAUUUCGACUCCAUCGGGAGGAAUGAAUCAACAAAAUCAACAGCAACAGACAAACAUUGAAACCAUGCUUCAGCGUUCUUUCGGUUCCGAUAGAGAUUGCUGGAAGAAAGGUAUUCUGUUGCUGCUGUCUUCAGCAUCAUCCACCAAUGCAUCAUCUUUACAACACGUUCAAUGGUUUGCCUUGACUUUAUUGGAAGAGAGUGUUCAUCAUGUAUCUUAUUGGCAAAAUCAAAUGACUAUUGAGGAGAGGCAACAAGUUGGAAAUGUUUUAAUGACAAACAUAUUACCAAAUUUUAGACACUUUGCGACACCCAUCUGGAGAAAAGCUUGUAAAGUUGUGGUCGAAAUUGCCAAAAUGGAAUGGCCACAAAGUUGGCCAAAUUUAUUACCACAAAUAUUUCAAAUUGGAAAUAAUUCGGAAACAGCUGUGGUUGCUCUAACAAUUUUACAAAUGUUGUCUGAAGAAAUUUCAAAUAUGAGUGGAGAGAGUAAACAAGAUAAAGAUGACAUUCCUGAAGAUAGAAAAGAAACUCUGUAUAAUUCAAUGUUACAAGUUGUUGACGACUUGUUAAAGUUUUUAGAAAGCAUUCUAUCCUCAUUAUAUCCAGGAUAUUAUGGAGCCAUGUUACAAGCUUUCAUUGAAAACAAUGCACAAUCAUUAGAACAAUUUUUCCAACAAUUUAAAUCCGUCUCUGAAAUUACCAUUUCUUCCUUGGAUUGUUUGACUCAUGUAUUGUCAUGGGUCAGUCCUAUUGAAAAGUAUUUAUUAGCACACUCUUCUCUCUUUUCAAACAUUGUGCAAUACUCCUCUCUCUACUUUAAUAUUCAUAAUUGUAACUCGUCAUUGGAAAAAGCAAAAGAGAACAUUGAAAGCGUAGUUUCAGAAAUCAGUAUUAAGGCCUUAAACUGUUUUAAUGAAAUCAUCUCCAAGCCAAUGAGAACUACAGGGUUAGGCCAACAAAAUGCUCAAUUAUUAGGAACACUCCUGAACACAAUGUAUGCCACCAUGCUUCAACUACUUCAAAAUUAUAUCAAUUUGUUCAACAUUAACGACACUUCAAAAAAGGAAGAUUUAGUUGAAAAAUUUUCACAAGGGCAACAUGAAGAAUUUGUUCAUAAAAUGAAUCUCAUUCUGCAAGGCUUUUCAGAGAAUCAUCUUUCUAGAAUUUUAUUAUGUGAAAGUCCAGAGAACGUUUCUUCAGAUCUUGCCUGGCUUGGACUCAACUUUCCAGUCACCACAUUUAUUGAAAUUCUCUUCUCGUACACUACAUUGCAAUUUACAACUGAUAACUAUCAAACAGCAAUCACGAUUUGGAACCAAUUCAUAGAUUCAAUGAUGAACUCUUUUGAUGAUAUGGCAGCAUUUGCACAUUUCGAUUUUUUCAAAAGAGCUCUACUAAGUUUGGUUGAUGAUGUGUUAAGAAGAACCAAUUUUAGAGACAUGAAAAAUUAUUUUAACACCAAACUCUCUGCAAAUGUUGACCUUGAAUAUUUAAACGAAUUGGAUGAUGAAAAGAAAGAUGUUCAUAACGCCACAGAGCUUGACAAUUAUUUGGAAAUUUGCAUUGACGUGGUUGGAAAUAUUGCUGAGAUUUUUCCAAAUGAAACGGUCCAGUUGGUCAUUGAAAAGUUCAACAUGUUAGUUGAUGUUGAGUUUUCUCAAAAUUUAUUUGGAAAGCUAUUUCUAUCCAAAAUUCAACAGCAACAACUUCUCAGCUCCGAAGAAGUUGAUUACACGAAAACAGUUUGCAAGGAUGUUCGAUCUUUAAUAAUUACCCUCACUCGACUAUCCAACGUAUUGGUUUGUCACUUUGAGACCAUGUUUUCCAUUGCCACUACUGUCAUUUCCAAAGUACUAACCAUUCAAAACAUGGCUAUUCGCAAUAUUUUCUCAGACAAUAAUUCUCAAAUUGCUCUCUUGUUGAGGAGUUCCCAUCCUCACUCGAGCACUCUUGGAUUAUUCAGAUUAACCGGUGAAACAUUUUCAUUCCUGCAACAAUACACAAGAUGGAUCUCUUUAUUUGGAUCGAAUAUUUCCCAAGGUAUUCUGGAUGCAUUUACAAAACAAAAUUCAGCCAAUAACGUACCAGCUGAUCUUGCUGAGAUGCAAUCUCAAUAUGGGGCGUUGGUCACAAGCAUUAUCGAGAAUAUUAUACAGUCCUUAAUUAUAUCGAGCUCAGCUACGGAUUUCACCAUUCCGUACGAGAUUGUGUCCUCUUCGGUAAACCUCUUGCUCUUUAUGACGUCUGCACUUUCACAAUUAGAUUACACACUUCAAACACCACCAUCUUGGAACGCUAUUGCCUACAAACAUGUUACUUCUACUUCCAUUGAAGAGAUUAAAUCCUUCAAUGAAAUUAUUAUUCCAAAUAUGCAUUCAAUGCUCUCCUCUCUAUCUGCACGUUAUCCGCCAUUAUUGGAAAACGCAGAAAGUAUACUCUCAAAACUAUAUGUCUCCGUGUCCGUGAGCAUUUUGAACAGAAUAAGAAUAAUUCCAUUGACUGUGGAAAAUAUGGAUACUAAAAAAGCCCAAACUGUUGUGUAUGAGAUGUAUAAUAAUGUAUUGGGAUCACAGCUCAUCACUCCAUUCGAACAAGCAAUUCAAAUGCUCAACACUCAACAUAGCAGCGAUUUGGUUCAAUUCAUUUCUCUAUUAUUCAAAAUUUCUCAAAGCGUUUUGAGAAAUAUCAAACAUCAACUUAAACAAUGCAAACAAGUUGGCUUUGAGGUAAUGAAGAAGGUAACCGCUCCCGAUCUCAUUGUAAAUUUGAUGAAUUUUACGCUCAAUCAUAGCUCUGAUAAGGCAUACCUUGCACUCUUGGAAAUAAUUAUUGAUUUACAAAUUAACUUGUUUGAUGAUUGGAAGGCAGAAGUUGGCCACGAUUAUGUAAACGGAAUUAUCAACACAUUCAUGGAUAUUCUGACCAGAUCUUCUUCUGUGAGCGUUUUCAUGAAAGAACCUAUUGGUAGAAAUGUGUUGAUUCAAUUUUUAAAACUGUUAAAAGCACUUGUGUCUGAUGGUUCAGGAAAAUAUGCAGGCAAUAUUGCAAAAAUUAUUUAUAUUAGCAGAACUUUAAUUUAUCCUGAAUUGAAAAAUGUUGGAGAAGGAAAAUUAUCUGGCAACGUUGGCGCCAUUGAAGUGUUGCCCUAUUAUUAUGACAUGCUGUUUGGAAUUCUUCACUACAAUUGGAAGCAUUUCUUUUCAGCACAAAUGGUCAAUAAUGCGUUCCAGGAAAUGCAAUGUACCAGUAAUGAGGCGUUUGAAGAAUUUUGUUUCAUUAUGGAAUGCUUUUUGAAUUCCUUCUUUUCUACUGAUAUUACUAUUUUCAAGACCAAUUUGGCCCAUUUGGAAAGCUUGAACGAUCAUCACAAAUUCUAUGAAAGACCAAUUUUCAAGCAGCGUAUCCCAAAUUUUGGCAACCAUUCGAUCAUGGAUAGUUUUAUGAAUGCCUUUUUGAAUAUUCUUAUUGCCAAAAGUCACAACUUGUACAAGAAUGACUUGUUGCUCACUAUUUUUAAUAUGGUCAAUGCAGGAAAUUGGAACCAUUUUGCAAAUUAUAUUCAAGAAUUUUUGAGUAGUGACAACAAGUUGGUUCAAAAAUUGACCAAUGAACAAAAACAACAGUUACUUGUGAGAUUGGUGAUGAAGCCAGAUUCGUACGAUGAACAUGAUUGGAAAUCAUUUCAAAACUUUUCGAGAAGACUUUCACAAUUUACGAAUGACCUUUCAUAUAGUGUGAAACAAAAUACUCGAUCUGGAUUAUCAUUCUUGACCAUGGUGUGA